UGAAGUAAAAUUUGAAAGAUAUGCAAAUUUAAAAUUGGUUUAUGUGAAUGUGGUGAGAAUUACUGGAAAGAACUGUUUGGAUAUAUAUAUAUGAUGCGUAGCUUACCUAGACAAAUAACAAGGUGAAGGAAAUUCAACAUUUACAUUGCGAGAUGGCUAUGCUUACUCCUCAUCAACUUCAAUCCUUCAACUCUCAAGGUUAUCUUGUAAUUGAAUCUUUUGCUAGUAAUGAUGAGAUUGAAAGCAUGAUGAAGAGGAUGGAACAGUUGCUUCAUGACUUUGAUCCUUCUUCAACUGCCUCUAUUUUCUCCACAAAAAACCAGCAAAAGCUGACCGAUGAUUAUUUUUUCGAGAGCGCAGAGAGAGUUUCUUUCUUCUUCGAGGAGAGAGCAUUUGGGGAUGAUGGUAACUUGAAGCAGCCAAAGCAAUUAUCCAUCAAUAAAGUUGGCCACGCACUUCAUGAGAUUGAGCCUGCAUUCAAGAAGUUUUCUUCUUCUGAGAAAACUUCAAGUUUGUUUCGUUCCAUAGGUUACAAGAGGCCGGUAAUCAUGCAGUCUAUGUAUAUAUUUAAGCAACCUGGUAUUGGGGGUGAAGUAGUGCCACACCAGGAUAACUCGUUUAUUUAUACCGAACCACAAACAUGCACAGGGCUGUGGCUGGCUUUAGAAGAUGCCACUAUAUUAAAUGGUUGCCUUUGGGCGAUUCCCGGAUCUCACAAAAAUGGCCUUGUUAGAAGAUUCUUUAGAGAUGAAGAUGGCGUCAAAUUUGAUCGUCCAUCACCAUCUUAUGAUCAAAAAGAUUUUGUUCCUAUUGAAGUAAAAGCUGGAUCUUUGGUCGUCAUCCAUGGCAAUCUUAUCCACCAAAGCUUUGAAAACCAGUCCUCAAAAUCAAGACAUGCAUACAGCUUGCACGUGGUAGAUACGGAUGGCUGCAAAUGGGCACCAGAAAAUUGGAUCAGACGGAAAGUGGAGCCAGAACCACUCUAUGUAAUUGUAAACUAACCAUCUCUGCAAGAAAAUCCAUUGAUUUGUUGUUUUCAGUCUAAUGUUUACUUUGCAAGUUUGUACUAAAGACUAUUUAUCAUUUGUUGUAAUAAUGUCAACCCCAUGUGUUGCCACCUAAUACGAAUACAUUCGAUUUCCUUGGCUUCAUGUUAUGAAUAAUAAGGGGAAGACUAAGGUGCACAAAAUAAAA